AUGCUUCCCUCCUCGCCAUCAUUCCUAUCCUCGUUUGACCCCGCCCUUCACCUCCACUCCGAAGGUCCUGGCGACACAAGCCCACCGUCCGAAUCAUUCUCCGACGAUAUCGAGGCAAUCCACCUGCACCGCCACGAACAAACCCGGAACCGAGUUGUGAUUCAACAUCGAGCGUGGGAUCUGUCUGAUGUGUUUCGUAGCGAAGACGACAUACGACCUUGUUCGGGAUUCCAAGCCUGCAUUGCCUGGUAUAGUGGUACUGACAACCACAUAGUAGAUACGCCGACGAAGAACGUUGCAACCCCGAGACCAUUUUCUUGCACUCCUACUCGAAAUCUCUCUUUUAUCCCGUCCUCGCCGCCCGUUUCGAAAAUGCCGUUUAUAGCGUCUCCGGCGCUUGUACCCACGUCUGGCAAUGCGACCAAUGAUUCGCAGAAGAGGAAAGGCACAAAUGCGGAGGGAGACAUACAGCCGACGGAGCCGAAGCGCCAGCGCAUGGUUGGAGGCUUCGUUGACGACGACGAUGAUGACGAAGAAGACGACCUCUCUGCUUUCCGGGACGAGCAUCUGAAGAAUCAAUAUGACCUGCCCGGGCACUUCUUCCAGGAGCCUCCGGCGGAACUCCCUAAUAUACUGGCAGCGCCGCCGGCAACUACGAAAUUGAACAGAACCACCAAUGCUACACCUAGCUCUUCCCGAACACUAUUACAACUGACGCCUCGCCCCGCUCCCGCGGCUCCCAAGAGGUUCCAGAUCAAGACUUGUGCUGGCAAGACCCAUAAUGUCCCGCAAAGGAAGGCCCAAGCGCCCGUUUCCUAUCAACAAAUGAUCGCCAAUAGGUCUGAGAAAGAACCUGGAAAGGCGACGAAGAGCUAUUACGGUAUCGACAUCCACAAAUUGCUGGACGAUGCUGCCAAGGAUGAAAAGCCCACGAACACAGUCCCUCAACCCCAAGUCCAGCAAACCAUCGAAGCGAAUUACGUAAGCUCAAAGCAGAAGAAGAUAGACUCUGCAAUGUGGACAGAGAAAUACCGUGCACGUAAAUUCACCGAUCUCAUUGGAGAUGAACGCACCCAUCGAUCAGUCCUACGCUGGCUCAAGGGGUGGGAGUCAAUUGUAUUCCCUGGUUUAGCCAAAUCUCGACCGAAGAAGCUUGUCAAGGAGGAUGAAGAAGAGUACAUCCAUCGAAAGGUUCUCUUGUUGAGUGGUCCCCCCGGACUUGGAAAGACGACAUUAGCACAUGUAUGUGCCAGGCAGGCUGGCUUCGAAGUGCUUGAAAUCAAUGCAAGUGAUGACCGCAGCAGGGAUGUGGUCAAGGGCCGCAUCCGUGACGCGCUGGGAACCGAGAACGUCAAAGGUAUGAACGUGGAGAUUGGCAAUAAAAAGGUUCGCCGUACCGGUAAACCCGUAUGUGUCGUGGUGGACGAAGUCGACGGUGUUACCGGUGGCUCUGGAAGUGGUGGUGAAGGCGGUUUCAUGAAGGCCCUCAUUGACCUUGUUUUGCUUGACCAACGAAACUCGAAAUCGUCUUCGGAGGGCAAUAAUGGCAAGAAGCGCAAAGGUGACAACUUCCGAUUCAUGCGGCCGUUGAUUUUGGUUUGCAAUGACCUCUACCACAGCAGCCUCCGGCCUCUCAGGGCAUCGUCCAUUGCAGAGAUGAUCAAUGUCCGCCAGGCACCAUUGGAGAAUGUUGUUCAACGAGUCAAGGUUAUAUUCGGCCGCGAAGGCAUCCCCUGUGACAGUGAUGGGGCUCGGAGGCUCUGCGAAGCAGCCUGGGGCAUGGCGACCCGAAAAAAGCGCAGUGGCAAAUCCCAAGGGUCUGCCGAGGGCGACAUUCGUAGCGUGCUAGUUGCCGCAGAAUUUGUGGCUCACAAGCUUCGAAACGAGUCGUUGCCAUCCUCGCUCAGACUGACGAGGAACUGGCUGGAGACUCGAGUUCUCAAUGCAUCGGCCGAGGGUAGUAGCGCGUUCUUCAAAGAGUUAAGUCGCGGGGGCGUUCGUGAGAUUGUGAACCGUGUGUUCACAGAGGGAGCUGGCUUCUCUGAUGCUCCUGUCGGCAUGAGUUUCCAAGAUCGUUUCGAUACUCCCAACAGCCGUCUUCCUGUCGGCGUGGCGGAUCUGCGCAAGCGACACGCAAUCAAUCGAUUGCGGGAAAUGAUCGAUUCUAGCGGUGAUCAUGACCGCUGUGUAUCCGACUGCUUCGCUUCAUACCCCAUCCAGCAAUACCAGGAUGAUAAUUAUUUCUCCAAACCCAAUGCCGCCCAUGACUGGCUUCAUUUCCAUGACUCAAUUAGUUCGAAAGUCCAUUCAUCCCAAGAGUGGGAACUGAUUCCAUACCUCAGCCAGUCGGUUGUCGCAUUCCAUCAUUUAUUUGCUACGGCUACUGGCAGAACCACCGACGAUGACAAGAAUGAUGAUGACGAGGAAGCCGAAGAGCCCCACCCUUUCUCAGGACCCAAAGCCGACUUUGCUGCCUUCGAAGCACAAAAGCAGAACCGCGCAGCCAUGACUGCAUUCCACGCCUCCUUCUCGGCACCUAUGGCUCGCAUUUUCCGGUCAAAUGAAAGUAUAGUCACAGAUCUAGUCCCUUACUUGGUUCGUAUGCUAUCACCAGACGUCAAGCCGGUCAUCAUCCGUGGAAACGGGGAGCAGAGAAGCACUGCCACUGUCCGCAAAGAAUCCGAACGUGCCCUUGUCCAGUCUACCGUGCGUGUUAUGACCGGGAUGGGCGUGACUUUUGAAAAAGUCCGAGUGGAACACGAAGGAAGCCACGGUGGAUGGGCGUAUAGAAUGGAACCACCAAUUGACUCACUUGUGGUCUUCUCGAAGAUCAAAGGUAGCACCAUUGAGGCUUCUGGCGGUACAGCACCGGUACGGUAUGCCGUCCGCCAGGUGCUAGACCAAGAGUAUCGCAAGGCGACGACGCGCAAGCAGUCUGAUGUUGUGAGCACUUCUAGAGUCGGCGUCAAGGGCCGUGGGAAUUCUGAUGAUACGGCCGCAGCAAAAGCAAUCAAAGAAGCGGCUGUCAAACGUGACUUCUUUGGUCGGCUGAUUGAGGAGCCUGCGUCACAGCCUAAGGAUCUGAACAGUGCAGACGGCUGGGCCGAUGAGUCGUCCAAGGCUGGGCGGAAGGUCUGGGUUACUUUUCACGAAGGCUUCUCGAAUGCGGUCCGGAAACCUAUAUCUAUGGGAGAGUUAAUGGCUGGGUUGUAA